UCUAAUCAGUGGUUUCAUUUGUCACAUCUCAAAUUAUUAUUAUUAUUAUUAUAAUAACAUAGUAAUAAUAAUGUUUAAUCCAAUAUAAAGAUAUAUAUUGUAUAUAUAUAUAGAGAGAGAGACCAGACAUAAAGCCACCUGGAUUUCAUGUUCAAUCACAGAGCUUAAAUGAUUUAAUGUAGCAUGAAAACAAAUGGCUUACCACAAUCUAUGUUAUUUGAAUCCUGUUCACCCCACAGCAGCGGCAGCCCUCUUCGUGGAUUUGCAUUUCUCUGGUUUAACACACCAACACUCUUUGGUAAUUCAUCUUGUGAAGGUAUCAAUUCCCCAGGCUACACACUGUGGAGUUAAGGAGAAAGCCUUUGUUGAUUUUAUGAUGGCGUCCAACAACACAGCACUCUUCUCCUCUGCUUGUGCCUCUCUCAGCCUUGAGACCAUCAAUGAGGUGGUCUCGUUUUUUUACUUCUUCAUGUUCCCCAUCGCGUUACUGCUCAAUGGGGUGGCGGCGUGGGUGUCUUUGCACCUCCGGUCCACAUCUACCUUCAUCGUGUAUCUCAAAAACCUGGUGGCUGCUGACCUGCUCAUGACACUGACCCUCCCAUUGAUGGCAGCCAGCAAGCUACCUGGAGCAAUGAUUGAGUUACGGAUGUUUAGCUGCCGUUACUCUGAUGUCAUUUUCUACAACUGUUUGUAUACAAGCAUUACUUUAAUGGGUCUUAUCAGCCUUGACCGAUUCUUCAAAAUUGUAAGACCAUGUGGAAAGGUGUUAGGACAAAACGUGGUCUUCAGUCUUGUAAUGUCCACCUUGGUUUGGGUGGUGUUGUUUGGCACAACAGUCAUACCAACUAUCAUUCUGACUAACCGGGAUCCUGAUAACACAACAGAUGAUUUAUGUAUGUCCCUGAAAAGUCCAGCUGGUCGGUCUCUUCACAAGUAUGUGGUUCUGUCUAUGGAGAUUCUCUUCUGGCUUGUCAGUAUACUGAUUGUAUUUUGCUACAUCUGCAUCACCCUAAAAGUCUUGAAGUCCUUCAGAAACUCCGGGAGCAACAAUAGCCACGGAAAGAAAAAGACCAAGCUACGAGUCUUCUUGAUCCUCCUUGUGUUUUUUGUGUGUUUUGUGCCUCUUCACGUGAUGCGUAUUCCAUUCACACUAGAUGAAAUCUUUGACAUUGAUAGAUGUGAUCAAAUGUGGGUGGCAAUAGUCCAUAGAUUUGCCCUGUGGGUCUCUACCACUAAUGCCUGCCUGGACCCUAUUCUCUACAUCUACCUGUGCAGGGAGUACAGAGACAAACUGGUCAACUUGAUGAAAGCUCGAGGGGUCUGUGUCAGGUUAUAAUCUGGUGAAAGGGAGGAGACUUCCCAGUAAAGAGGAAGUCAGUUAUUAGUCAAUACAUGUUGGAUAUAAUUAUUUUAGAGACAAAUAAGAUGUCUUCAGUCACAAAUUAGGGUUUUGUUUUUCUUUUAUGGACAAUAAGGAAUAGGUUAGGUAGCAAGAGAGCUUUUAGAAGACUUGCAGUAACUUCUGAGUUUUAUGUUGUACUGCCCUCUAGUGACCUAGUGAGGAUUAUCAUCUGUUGAGACUAAAGGGAUACUAAGAGAAACGAGGUAGAAACAUGACUUAUGAUAAAUAUGUCAAUUUCACUGCAAAAAAUACACUGCAAAUAAAUUACUAUAUUCUAAAUCAAGUGAGUUUGCCGUUUGAACACACCUAUACUGUUAUAUGUUAAUAUGUUAAAUCUCAGUGGUCAUGUUUAUUAUUAUUGUGUAUAGUAUAUUGUGUAUUUGUACUGUGUGUGUGUAUAUAUAUACAAUCCCAUAUCGAGGUGUUAUUGUGAGACCUAUAUCAAUAAAUUUGAGUUUGACGUUG